AUGUCUACCGACGAGUUAGUCACGCUGUUCGCCCAGCCGGCCCUUGCGGCUCCAGAAGGCGUCACCCCUGAUUUCGACAAUCCUCCGAACCACAACAGCUUGGCUUGGGGCAUCAUCACGGUUUGCACCGUCGUUGCGACCCUGUGUAUGUGCCUGCGCAUUUACGUGCGGGUCUGGCUGGAUCGCUCCAUUCGUCUCGAGGAUGUUUUGAUGAUCGGUGCCUUUGGUUCCUACUGGGGUACUGCCUAUGCCGGUUACGAGAUGAUCCAUACACCGGGUUAUUUCGUCCACCAAUGGAAUCUCCACAUGGGCGAUCUUGUCAGACCCCUCUAUCUGAUUUUGAUCUACGGCUGCUGCUACUCCGCCGUCCUUCCCCUGAUCAAGACUGCCAUUCUCCUCGAUUGGUGUCGGAUCUUCGUGCCGGUCGAUGGCGCCAAGACCCCUUUCUGGUGGGCAUGCAUGGCAGUUUCCGCACUGCAGUGCCUAUGGGGCUUGCUGUGCGUGAUCUUGCUGAAUGCACAGUGUCGCCCGCAUCGAGCGAUCUGGGAGUUCUACCUCCCCAGCAAAUGCUAUUCCUUGCCGGACGUGAUGCUUUGCUCCGCUGCUGUGCAGGUCUUCUCUGACAUCACCAUGUUCUUGCUUCCGCAACGAAUGAUCUGGGGUCUGCAGAUGAGCUGGCAGAAGAAGAUGGGCAUCUCUGUGAUUUUCGGUGCCGGUAUUCUCGCAUCUAUUGCGGCCUGCUUCCGCCUGGCCCAUACUGUCUCCUUCGCCAAAACUGCCGACCAGAUGUACAUGAUCGCGCCGCUGCUCUUCUGGGCCUUUGCCGAGAUGGCCUGCGGGUUCUUCAUCUUCAGUAUGCCCUGCCUCUCGAAGCUGCUCAUGGACAGUGGCCUCCGCCGCAAGCUCAAGAUCAGCGACUACUGGCGUAGCCGCACCCGGUCGACGAUCCAGAACCCGCAGUUCCGUCCCGCGGCCGCGGGCCAGCAGGUCGCGAAGGCGUGGCGCACGUCCGAGAGCUCCUAUUCUCGCCUCGAGGAGGGCGAGAUCGCUCUGACUAGUCCGGUCAAGGACCAACAUAACAGUAUUCAGGUUCUGCAGCGGACGGAUGUCACGGUGACGAGCACGCCGAGCCCCUCGUCGGAGACGGCGCUGGCGGACAGCCUGGGGAAAUGGAAGCAUUCACAGGCGUGA